GAUUCAUAGUAUUGGUCAUAUUUUACUGUAUUUUAUGUUUUAAAAACAUGACAGUGUCUUUAUCAAAUGAGUUAAGAUCGAAAGCGAAACUAAAGCGGGCACCUGCUAAAAAUAACUCUGUAACAUGGCGAAGUCUAAGUCGGCAUUAUCGUGGACAAUGUGUGUCCUUCGUUCCCUACUAGCUGUCACAGUGCUGGUAGCACAAGUCCUGUCUGUCAACAGGGACAACUUUAAAACAUGUAGUCAAAGUGGAUUCUGCAAGCGCCAACGUGCAAUGCAGCCUGGCCAGUCACCCUAUGUAGCUCUGCUGGACUCCAUACAGAAAACAUCUACAUCUAUACAGCUACAGUUAUUAAAUAAAGACAACAAUAUUCGAUUUCUUUUACAAGUAUUUGGACUAAAGCAUAAUACUGUACGGUUCAAACUAAAUGAGUUGGAGCCAUUAAGAGCAAGAUAUGAAAUCCCAGUGGGAGAUGCUUUAAAGUCUCAGCCUGAGACGGAACAGAUCACAGUGCAGGAGACCUCCAGAGGCAGAGUCACCUUCUCGCUGGGCACCAGUAAAGUGGUCAUCCUGUCAGACCCCUUCCGGAUGGACUUCUUCUCAGGAGGAGAGCCUGUUGUCAGCAUCAAUUCACAAGGAUUGCUCAAGUUUGAACAUUUGCGUAAAAAAGAGGGCUGGUUGAGUAGAAUGGGCUCGGGAUUAUAUUCUUGGUUUUCCGCCCCUUUCAGAGCGGAGCAACAGCCAGACUCUCCUGCAGAAGAUAAGGGUGAGGAGGAAAAGAAGGAGGGAGAAGAGGAUGAGGAGAAGCAGGUGCCUCCGGAGAAGACAGAUGAGGAGGCCGACAUGUGGGAAGAGACCUUCAAGUCCUUCACAGACUCCAAGCCUCACGGUCCAACAUCUGUGGGGAUAGACAUCUCAUUCCCGGGCUUCGACUUUGUUUAUGGAAUUCCAGAACAUGCAGAAAGCCUAGCUCUCAAAUCAACAAAAAACACUGAGCCCUAUCGGUUGUUCAACCUGGAUGUGUUUGAGUAUGACCUGUAUAAUCCCAUGGCUCUCUACGGCGCAGUUCCCCUCAUGCUGGCACACAACAAAAAGAACACAGCCGGCAUAUUCUGGCACAAUGCUGCAGAGACGUGGAUUGACAUCAGCUCCACUGUGGCAGACAAGACAUUUUUCUCCAAAGUGGCUGACAUGGUUCAAGGUAAUACAGAGCUGCCCAGGACAGACACACACUGGUUCUCUGAGAGUGGGGUCAUUGAUGUGUUUGUGUUGCUGGGACCGCGUCCCAAGGAUGUGUUUCAACAGUAUGGAGCGCUCACUGGGACCACAGAACUACCGCCGCUCUUCUCCAUUGCCUACCACCAGUGCAGAUGGAACUACAACGAUGAAGAUGAUGUCAAAUCAGUUGCUGAGAACUUUGAUAAACAUGAUAUUCCAUUUGAUGUAAUCUGGCUGGAUAUUGAACACACAGAUGGAAAACGUUAUUUCACGUGGGCCGGAGACAAGUUCCCCCACCCCCAGGAGAUGGUGGGCAACCUCGUCUCCAGAGGCAGGAAGCUGGUCACCAUCGUCGACCCUCACUUGAAGAAGGAUGACAACUACAAGGUGUACGCCGACCUUAAAGCACAAGAUUACUACGUGAAGAACAAGGAUAGUGGGGAAUAUGAAGGCUGGUGCUGGCCAGGGUCCUCAGCCUGGCCAGACUUCUUCAACCCUGCAGUACAGGAAUGGUGGGCUGGCAAGUUUGCCUACACAGAAUACCCUGGCUCAUCCAAAGAUGUUUUUGUGUGGAACGAUAUGAACGAACCAUCGGUCUUCAAUGGCCCUGAGAUAACAUUCCAGAAGGAUGUGAAACACCAUGGUGACUGGGAAAACCGUGAUGUCCACAACCUGUAUGGCUUCCUCGUGCACAAAGCUACAUGGGAUGGACUGUUAAAGAGAUCUGACAGCCACCUCCGACCCUUCCUGUUGACCAGGGCUUUCUUCUCAGGAUCGCAGAGAUAUGGUGCUGUAUGGACGGGUGACAACAUUGGUGAGUGGUCCCAUCUGAAGGCUGCCAACCCUAUGAUCAUGUCUCUCAACAUAGCGGGUAUCACAUUCUCAGGGGCUGAUGUUGGUGGCUUCUUCCGAAACCCUGACGUGGAGCUUAUCACAAGAUGGUACCAGGCAGGAGCAUUCUACCCAUUCUUCCGAGCUCAUGCUCACCUGGAUACAAAGCGCCGAGAGCCCUACCUCCUGCCUGAAGACAACAUGAAGGUGAUCCGUGAUGCUGUGAGGACCCGCUACACUCUGCUUUCCUACAUGUACACACAGUUCUACAAGUCCGUGGAGAGUGGCAGCCCCAUCUUUCAACCCAUGUGGGUGGAAUUCCCGGAGGAAACUGCCAUCUUUGGCAUAGAUGCUCAGUUCAUGCUUGGACCCGCAUUGUUGGUGAAGCCUGUGACGGAACAGGGGGCUUCGACAACCACUGUGUACUUCCCCGGGACAGGAGAGCUGUGGUAUGACCUGUUCACGUAUGACAUCCACCACGGGGAGCAGGAGAAGAGCGUGGCAGCAGCACUCGACAAGAUCCCAGCUUAUCAGAGAGGAGGCACUAUUGUUCCCCGGAAAAUGCGAAUCAGGAGAUCGUCCACCCUCAUGUAUGAUGAUCCAUUUACUCUGGUUGUCUGUCUUGACAAGCGGGGCGAGGCUCAGGGAGAAUUAUAUGCAGAUGACUACCACACAUACCAGUUUAAAAAUGGCCACUAUGUUAAUAGAGGCUUUACCUACAAGGGCAACACUCUUGAGAGCAAAAAUUUAGAUCCAAAGGGAAGUUACCCAACAAAAGAGUGGUUGGAAAAAGUUAUAAUAGUUGGAGUGAUGCAGGCUCCCAAAACAGUUGUUCUUCAAUCAGGUGGAAGUACCAAGAAUCUAGGCUUCAACUUUGAUUCAGCCAAACAUGUCCUUUCAAUUCGCAAGCCAGGAGUUAAUAUAGCACAAGAUUUCAUGAUCUCUGUCAAUUAAUACAUAACUUUCAUUUAGUUGAUUCAAUGAAACCUUUUGAUAAUUUUCAUGUUAAUUGAUUUUCUAAUCAUGAACCCAGCAAUGAAAGAUUUGUUCCUCCUAUUUUAUGUACUUUUAUGAAAAUUCCUCCUCACCUAUUCUAGUGUUCUAUGAAUGAUUAAGUAGUGCUAUUUAAAAGAAAUAAGUGCUUUACUUUUAACUUUAUGAAGAAUACAAAGAUUUAUUUUGAAUUAAUAUUGCACUACAUAUUGGUAUCCAAUUUACAACACUGGAAAUCCGUUGGUGAUGAAAGCGCAGUGAAAUCAGUCUGAUAUUACCCGUCUGCAUGAUAUAGUGGUUACUUGGCCUCCUGCGGUGUCUCAUUGAAGUACUGGCACGACUUAGCAUUGUAGAAGGCACUUUUUGAAACCUAGUCUUCUGCAUAGGGAUAUUUAAAAGUAUAAAAAUUACAGACAGUUCAUUUGGUUCAUGGGCCUUUGUUAUGAAAUAUAUUGAAAUUGUCUCCCUUUCUCCUGCCCAGUAUCAGAAAAACAACUUUUUCCCAAUUUGUGUUGUUAGUGGCUGGGUGCCUUUGAUGUCAGACAUUGAAUGUAUGGUAAUUAUUGCCUGUGCUUGUGGUGCAUUGAUUGUGCCUGUAUAUAAAGCCAUUGUCUUUUGUUAGUACAUUUCUGUGAGCAAGGUUAAAGCAGUGUGUUAAGCUCAACUGACCCUAGCCUCUUUGGUUUAGAUGUCCUCACAUUGUGUUCAUCCAUGUAUGUUUGCGUAGAAGAUUCAUUUCAUCCAAGUCUCAUGCUGACUGACCAAUAGUGCUAUGUUUUAAAGGCUUAUUUAUUGAAAAUGAUGUUAAGAAAUGUUGAAAAUGUUUGUUCCCAUCAGUUGGUUCCAUGGAGACUGAAACUUACAGAAAUUGUGCUGUGGGGAGUAAUCAUGGACAAAAUCCCAUGUUUAUUUACAAAAAGUUGGAGGUUGUUUCUUGUAUGCAUGUAUGAAAGAUGAGACAAUGUGGUGAAUGUUUUGAGGAAAAGAAAAAGAAAUAAACAUUUUCAUGAAUA